AUGACCGACCUCGUCCAGCUGCUCGCGAAGCUGCAGUUGGGGGCCACAGGGUCGCGUUAUCGGCCAUCGCGACGGCUGGAUGACGCGCCGAACGGCACCGUCCAUGCGUCUUCUAUCCUGCUACAGCGCAGCGCUGUCUCCCGUGCGUUAUUCUCGUCGUUCUACUGUCCGGCGCAGUGUGUCCUGUCGCUCACCGACUCGAUGGAAAGACCAGCAUUUGACCAAUUCCUACUAUCAACAAGCUCGACCCGCUUUGAUCCAGUGUUUCAAGUCUCGUACGCUCAUCAUCAGAACCUCCUGCUAGCUGUGGACGAAGCAGGAGCUGUGGGGGUUUUCAAUGCAGCUGCUGGACGAACAAAAAGCUGCUGGAGAGCUCACCAAAACGCCAUUUUUGAUGGUCUUUGGACACGAGAUGACGCCCGCGUGGUCACGGCAGCUGGUGACCUGCAGAUACGGAUCUGGGAUGUUGAAAGGAUGGACAAGAGUAGUGCAUUGAGGCAAGCACAGCCUGUGUUGACGCUGCGAGGACACGACAUGAGUGUCAAGUGUGUUCGGGAAGCGCCGUAUGGUACUCAUGUCUUUGUCUCAGGCGGACGCGAUGGAAGGGUCUUGCUUUGGGAUACUCGUGCAAGUGAGGAACAUGUCUUGUCACUGGAGAACGUUCAUGCAGAGCCGACUAGGUCGCAGACGCCGUCACUGAAUGGGAAAAUUUUUCUAGCGUCUCGGCAGCAAAAGAAGCGGCGAGUAGCAGCUGCAGCAUUGACAAAAACAUCGCCACGUAGCGUCACGUGUGUCGAGUUUGAUGCGACAGGCAACGAGAUCAUUACAGCAGGUGCAGUGGAUGCAGUGGUCAAGUUCUGGGACAUUCGACGCCUUGGAUCGGGUUCUUUUGCAUAUGGUGGGAGAAAGGCAUCAUCAGGAUCGUCAUUGCCAGUUCGUGAGGUGUCCUGCGCAUCUCGCAAUGACUCUCGUCGUGGUAUCUCAUCGCUGGUGCUCGGCCCGAGAGGCGACGCGUCGAAGCUGCUCGUAAAUGUGCUGCACGAUUCGAUUGCUCUGAUUGAUAUCGGCCAAAAGCCGCCUAGCGGUGGCCGUUUCGAUGCCCGAACGAUCCUUCGGUGCUCUGGACAUCAAUCCACUUCGUUUUACAGUAAAGUUACGUUUAGUCCUGAUGGGGAUUUCAUUGCUGGUGCAUCCGCAGACGGCGUCGUCUACGUCUGGGAUGCACAGGUCCAUUCGCCAAAUGAUGGAGUCGGAGUGUCUACUUGGGCCGAUCGCGGUAUUCGGGUGCGUGCGCCAUGUUUUGCGUUAAAGGGCCACGCAGACGAAGUCAAUGGGGUCACCUGGAGUCCUUUCGACAUUUCGCAGCUUGCGUCUUGUUCGGAUGACGGCACUAUACGCUGCUGGCAGAUCGGCUGCGAAUCGGAGCAAGGUGUUAGUUACCGUCAGCAAGGACAAAGCGAGGAUGCUGCAUCGUUUGAGCUCAACUUGAUGUACGCAGACGAGUUGUCCGGGGCAAGCGGAAAAGCGAGAUGGGCCAACUGGAACGCCUUUGUUCAGCAACCUGACGGUUUUGCGUACCCCGUGCGAGGGCUCAAGCGUUCUUUGUCUACGAAGCGUCUACGAGCGUCAUCGCAACAAUCGCUACCUCAAGUAACGCCACAGAGUACCGAACGUCAGCUACACUUCAUCGACGAAACGUCUUCUGCCCAGAGACAGUCGCAACUAGAGCUGCGAGAUUGUCAGCAAUCACAGGAGGUUCGACCCCGAGGAACACAAAGUCUUUUUAGUUACCCCAAGCGAGCUCAACAAACUCUCGUUGAGCUGUGGGGACAGUAG